AAUAGUUGCUUAAUCUCUGUAUUUUGCUCUUUCUUGGGGUGACAUGGCUGAGAUCAAGCGUAAACGCACUUUCAUAUGCGUCUCUUCUUCCGAAGAAGAAGUAGAAGACAGCGACAACGAAGACGAAGAAGCUGAUGAGGACGAGGACGAGGACGACGAUGUUGACGAUGAUGAGGACAAAGCGGAUGAAGACGACGAUGAUGACGAGGACAAAGAGGAUGAAGACGACGAUGAUUGUGGCGGUGACGAUGAGUCUCUCUGCAACAAAGUCAUACGCCUUCUUAAAGAUGGGGGUGAUUUAGAAUCUUUAACUCUAAAAGACUGCAAAUCCUAUUUGCGGAAGCAUGGCCUCAGGCUAGCAGGGACCAAGGCCGUUUGCAUUCAAAGAAUUAAGGAGCACUGGAGGAUAAAAGAUGGUAGCGGUGAGGCCUUUUAUCCCAAAUCAACCUUUGUCAUCAAUUGUACAGGUGAUGUCUGUAAGGGAGAUGUGGUUCUGUUCUCGCAGAAAGUUUAUGAAAGGUUCAAUAAGGUGACAAGGCAUGGUAGGCCUCAAGGAAAGAGAACUGUUGCUGGGAGGGUUGUUAAGGAAAGCUAUGGUGCAGCCAAGCAACAACAUACAUUUACGGUUGAGGUUCUGUGGAGCAAGGGGAGUAAUAGAUUGCCUCCUCUUUUUCCUUUGCUUGUGAAGGGCCGUAACCUCUAUAGGUUGAGAACUUUCAGACAGCGCUGGAAUAAUGAAUCAGGAAGAGUAAAAGUGCUUGCUGAGAAGCACAAACGAGGUACAGCAGCAAGACUUGUGAGAGCAAUGAAGAAUACAAAAAAGAGAGAGCCUACAAAUGGAGGUGUUAAGCAUCAGAAACAAUUCCAUCAUACAAGACCAUCUCAAUCAAGAAAACCCUUUGCACCAGAAAAGGGGAAGCAUUUUGAUAGACAUGGAAAAGCGACAUUUCCAGGACACGCAAAAUUUAGAAAUCAUAAUCAACGUCAAGAGGCUCCUCCAAUGAGACAGGUGAAUAUCAAGGGAAACGCAAUCUCUGGAGCCUCCAAACCAUCUAGGAAGCGUCAGAAGUUUGCUCACCACAAUGAUGAUAGAGAUCCAACUUUUCAAUCAUAUGUUGAUCCUUCACAAAUUCGCUGAUCUCAAAUAAAAUAUCAAAACGGGAGUCUGCCAUACCAAUUGUCUAGGUAUGAUAUGGGCUCUACUUUAAACAUGAUGAGAUUGCCGCAUUUCAGGGACUCUGCUGGUACAUCUGCUAUGCCUGCUUCACAACAUCAGAGGUUAAAACAUAGUAUAAUGCCAACUCAACCCCCCCCUACAACUCUUUAACGGCAUUGCGGGGUCCAUAAAUGUUGAUAGGCUGUUGCAUCCAUUCCCUUUGGGUGCAGAGACUUACGGACAGAGGAACUAUAGAUUUUGAGCUGCUCUAUGUUUGGGUGUCAUGACAGAGAGACGAGAUGAGACGCAUUCUGCGAAUUGUGCCUGCCCCCUGAACUGAUGGAAUAUUAAGUUCUGGACCUGCAAUUUUUCAGUGGGUUACUUUAGUUCUCUCUUUAAUGUUGAUUUUGUUGGUUACCAUGCUGCUAUUUUGAAACCAAACUACAGUUGCAUUCAUCUGUGUUAAUGAUGCACUAUUCAGGAUAGGGCGGACACCUAAGGUAGCCAUCUAUAUAUUGGAGAUAAAUGUGAAUAGUAUAGGUUAGAGGAAUGGUUGGUUCAAUAUAAGCAACUAUGUCGUUGUCUCUA